AAGGCGUCAACAUUUCAAAUAUUCAAAAAAACCAAAGCAAAGCGACGGUAUAAGCAGACAAACCUACCCUCAACAUUUCUGGCGCACUCAGCCGCUUCGUUUUCUGUAUACACUCUCUGUCUCUUUCGCCUUGCGGUGGAUGACCUCUGACAUUAUCUCUUCCCUGCGCUAUCAGAUUCCUACAAGCGAAACCCUAACAAUAAUUUGGAGUUGAUUCUCAUCGAUUAGCGGUAAAAUGGAAGAUUAUGGGAAGGACGAGCUUAAGGUACCUCUACUGGAUCAGCCUUUGGAUGGUGUAGCAAUUACUGUUCCUGAACAGAAGGAUAAGGGAAGUAAUAAGAAUGUUAGAACAAUUAAGCUUAAAAUUGGGGAAAUUAAGUGUACCUCGUGUGCGACGUCUGUAGAAUCUGUGCUUGAUCAGCUUAAUGGAGUUGAGAGGGUUGUAGUGUCGCCUCUUGAUGGCCAUGCUGCUGUCUCUUACAUACCGGAGCUUGUUACUGCUCAAAAUAUUAAGGAAACUAUAGAGGCUGCUGGUUUUCCAGUUGAUGAGUUUCCGGAACAAGAGAUAUCAGUAUGUCGGCUGAGGAUUAAGGGAAUGGCAUGUACGAGCUGCUCGGAGUCUAUUGAACGUGCUCUCCUUAUGACUAAUGGAGUUAAAAAAGCAGUGGUUGGUCUUGCUCUUGAAGAAGCAAAGGUCCACUUUGACCCAAAUAUCACAGAUAUAGAUCAGAUCGUGGAAGCAGUUGAGGAUGCUGGCUUUGGAGCUGAUAUCAUUAGUUCUGGGAAUGAUGUAAAUAAAGUGCAUCUAAAACUUGAAGGUAUCAACUCUUCGGAAGAUGCUAAUGCUGUUAAAUUUUCCCUCGAGUCAGCAUUGGGUGUGAAUCAUGUUGAAAUGGAUCAUGCAGAGCAUAAGGUAACAGUUAGCUAUGAUCCAAAACUUACGGGUCCGAGAUCCCUUAUACAAUGCAUUGAAAAAGCUUCUGCAGGUCCUAACAAUUACCAAGCAAAUUUAUAUGUGCCUCCAAGGCGAAGAGAAACAGAACAGUGGCAAGAAAUUCGAACUUACAGAAGCCAAUUUUUCUUGAGCUGCCUUUUCUCAUUUCCAGUGUUUCUAUUUUCCAUGGUACUUCCUAUGCUUCAUCCAUAUGGUAAUUGGCUAGAGUACAGGAUUCAUAACAUGCUGACUCUGGGCAUGUUUCUUAGGUGGAUCUUCUGCACACCUGUGCAGUUUAUUGUUGGCCGAAGGUUUUAUAUCGGAUCAUAUCACGCAUUGCGGCGGAAAUCUGCCAAUAUGGAUGUAUUGGUUGCAUUAGGCACUAAUGCUGCUUAUUUUUAUUCUGUGUACAUAGUGAUCAAAGCAGUGACUUCCGAUAAAUUUGAAGGGCAAGAUUUCUUUGAGACAAGUGCCAUGCUGAUAUCAUUUAUUCUUUUGGGGAAGUAUUUGGAGGUUCUUGCUAGAGGGAAAACAUCAGAUGCUUUAGCGAAGUUGACAGAACUUCCUCCUGACACAGCUCAUCUGCUAACUCUGGACACCGAUGGAAAUGUUAUCUCUGAGAUGGAUAUUAGCACUGAACUCAUAGAAAGGGGUGAUAUAAUAAAAAUUCUUCCAGGGGAAAAAGUUCCUGUUGAUGGAACUGUCACAGAUGGUCAAAGCCAUGUGAAUGAAAGUAUGAUUACCGGAGAAGCAAUACCCGUUGCUAAAAAACCUGGUGACAAGGUAAUUGGCGGGACUAUGAAUGAGAACGGAUGCUUACUGGUUAAGGCUACUCAUGUUGGGUCUGAGACUGCACUUUCCCAAAUUGUUCAACUUGUGGAAGCUGCUCAGCUUGCCAGGGCCCCAGUGCAGAAACUAGCAGACCAAAUCUCCAAGUUCUUUGUUCCCACAGUCGUUAUUGCAGCCUUUAUAACAUGGCUGGGAUGGUUUAUUCCUGGAGAAGCUGGUCUUUACCCUAGACAUUGGAUACCGAAAGCCAUGGAUGGUUUUGAGCUUGCGUUGCAGUUUGGCAUUUCAGUACUAGUGGUUGCAUGUCCCUGUGCUCUAGGGCUAGCAACACCAACAGCUGUCAUGGUUGCCACAGGCAAGGGUGCUUCUCAAGGUGUACUUAUCAAAGGCGGAAAUGCCCUGGAAAAAGCACACAAGGUGAAAACUGUUAUUUUUGACAAGACGGGGACAUUAACUAUUGGAAAACCAGUAGUCGUUAGUGCCGUGCUCUUUUCCAGCUUCUCAAUGGAGGAAUUUUGUGACAUAGUUAAUGUUGCCGAGGCUAACAGUGAACAUCCAAUAGCAAAAGCGGUGGUGGACCAUGCUAAGAAACUACGCCAUAGGAUGGGGUCUACAACAGAACAACAUAUUACAGAAGCUAAGGACUUUGAGGUGCACACUGGUGCUGGGGUGAGUGGAACAGUGGGUGACAGAACAGUUUUGGUUGGGAAUAAGAGGCUCAUGCGGGAUUGGAACGUCACAGUAGAACCCGAAGCUGAGAAGUACAUUUCAGAAAAUGAGCAGUUGGCUAGAUCAUGUGUUCUUGUUGCUAUUGAUGGAAGACUUGCAGGAGCAUUUGCUGUAACUGAUCCAGUAAAGCCAGAGGCCAAGCGCGUCGUCGCUUAUCUUAAUUCCAUGGGAAUCUCAGUCAUCAUGGUUACUGGUGAUAACUGGGCUACAGCAGCUGCCAUUGCGAAGGAGGUAGGAAUUGAAAAGGUGUUUGCCGAGACAGAUCCAAUGGGAAAGGCUGAUAGGAUCAAAGACUUACAGGGUAAAGGCAUGACUGUUGCAAUGGUGGGAGAUGGAAUAAAUGAUUCGCCGGCCUUAGCUGCAGCUGAUGUUGGCAUGGCGAUCGGUGCAGGCACUGACGUGGCAAUAGAAGCAGCUGAUAUAGUUCUAAUAAAAAGCAACUUAGAAGAUGUAGUUACGGCCAUAGAUCUAUCUAGGAAGACCAUUUCACGGAUUAGGCUAAAUUACGUAUGGGCCCUUGGUUAUAACAUUCUAGGCAUGCCUAUUGCCGCCGGAGUCUUGUACCCAUUCACCGGAAUCCGGCUGCCACCGUGGCUUGCUGGUGCAUGCAUGGCUGCGUCAUCGAUUAGUGUUGUUUGUUCUUCACUAUUAUUGCAGUCUUAUAAGAAACCUUUGCAUGUUAGAGAUUAAACUGAUCAUCAAAUUUGAAGCAAAAUUAACUGUUCGUUGUAACAGUAAAAAGGGGCAUCUGUAUAUGCACUAUUGCAUGUAAUAAUGUAGAUCAUUUUGAUUAUUGAGUUCCUUGACAGUCAUUUGGUUUAUAUGGGAACAGUUGAUAGCUGAUUUCGUUUAUUACUUUAUUAUUGUCA